CCUGGAGAUGAUCCUUCCAUGGUUUAGCAACCAAAAAACGAAAAGAAAAUCCAAAUCUUCCUCUGUGAUCUGCCUGGUUCAUGAUGUCUUGGCUGUUGAUGCUCGGCGUGUCUUUUGCUCUGUUUACUUGCAUGUCUGCAUCUCCAGAAGUCUGCACCAACUCUCUCCUACCUGGUGCUAAAGGAGACCAAGGUGAGACUGGAGAGGAGGGAGAUCAGGGGAAACUGGGGAAGUAUGGACCACCAGGACUUCCAGGCAUACUGGGCGAGCCAGGCCUUAAUGGAAAUGUGGGACAAACAGGAAAGAUGGGCCCCAUUGGAGAGAAAGGUGAUGAAGGCCAUAAAGGUUUGGAUGGACCUGCUGGUUUAAAAGGGAAUCCAGGCACAACAUGCGACUGUGGCAGAUACAGGAAGGUACUUGGACAGCUGGAUGUCAAUGUAGGCAAGCUCAAGAACACUGUCAAGUUUCUGAAGAACGUUGUCUUGGACUUGAGGGAGACAGAGGAGAAGUACUACCUGCUUGUAAAGGACUCCAAGAGAUUCAGAGAGGCUUCGAUGAACUGCAGGCUAAGAGGAGGAACCCUGGCCAUGCCAAAAACCAACAACACCAACCGUCUCAUGGCAGACUACGUCAGUCAGGCAGGACUGACAAGGGUUUACGUGGGAGUGCAUGCCCAAAGCAAGGACAUGACGGGAACAAGCAUUUAUAUGUAUGCAGACUCCACCCCUGUGGGGGGGUUUGCAGCCUGGAGCCAGGACGAGAAUGAAUAUUCCAGGUCGUCUCCUGGCAGAAACAGCAGCUGCGUGGAGCUGCUCAGCACUGGGACAUGGGGCCAUGUGGAGUGUGAGGCCACCAUGUUUUUCAUCUGUGAGUUCCCAAAGAGCAGGAGAAGAGGAGGAGGAAGAAGAGGGAUGCCUGCCUGAGCAUGAUAAAUAUUCCAGACAAGACCAAAAAUAUAAAUAACUUCAUCAGAAAUGUAGCUUCUUCGCAGAUGUAGUCAGUGGUCAUAAAAUGUACCACCAGUCUGAGCAGUAUAUGAAAACUAUUCUUAUCAAAGAAAGCUUUUGGGAACAUUACCUACGACAUUGGCUCCUAGACAGCAGAGGUAUGAGUUAUAAAGCUCAAAGCAUUUUGAGAUUCCUCUUGAAAAAUUAACAGUCACAUACAGUACUUAUUUAAGUUCUUGGAAAUAUCAAGACUGACUCAACAAUUCACAGCACAAUAUACAUUUGACUCCUAGUGUAAUACAUUAUGGUGAUUUUUUUUUCCCCCUGUCUAUUUUAAAAAUUGUGUAUUUGAACAGUUUAGCUUUUACAUUCUAAUCUCUUAAGGCUAAAUGUUUUGAAUUGAAUUUUUAUAGUUACCUUUUAUUGCACAGAAGUUCAAGUACAGUAACCAUAAAAGGAGUAAAUGAGUUAGAAUGCAUGUGUCUUCCUCUAACAGAUUCACCUGUGUAUCCAAACAUCCAUUACAGGUUAAACACAUCAACUGUUCAGAUUCACAGGCUUUAAGACUAUCUCCGUAUUUGGCAAAAUGCAUCAGCUACUGGACUGGUCAUCAGUCCACUGCAGAGCUAUCACAGAAAGAGACAGUUACGUACCCCCACACUUACAAACAGUAAAGAAUCAACACUGAAACUGAACAAUAUCUUCAAACAUAGGGGAAAACGAAGCAGUAAAACCUAAUAAAACAUUGUCCUAUAUGUUAAGUUUAACUCUGUUGUUGUAGUUGUUCUCUCCCUUGAGAUGGCAUGUCCAGAAUUAUGAAUCUCUCUCACUCUCUCUCUCUCUUUCUUAUGUGAUUAUUUCACUUUUUUUUCAACAUGUAUUAAAGCCUGGGAUGU